UACCGGAGUGCCGGCCCGCGCGGACGCCUCGCACUCAGCCCGAACACCCACGAAACGAGACACACAUACGUAACCGACAGCGCCAGAAAGAGACAACCGCCCCUUUUCAACAGGUCGUUAUUGUAACUUCCACUAAAUGAUAGUGUAGCGAGGAAGAGAAGCCAUGUGUUACUUCAGCAUAAUAGUGAUAAUAUUCGAUAGUUUUGUGUUGUGAAGUGUCAGUGAGUUCUCCGACAUGCAUUGGAAGCGUGACGUUCAACUGUUGCUGCUGUUCGCCCAUUUGUCUGGAGUUAUUCUGGUGGCUGGCAUGUCCGAGGUAUGGGUGGAGCUGCGCGCGCCACGGUUCGUGGUGCACCAUCACAGCGCGGUGCUACGCUGCGACCAUAAUGUCGACCCGGAAUCUCUUUACAAGGUGGUGUUCUUCAAAAACGGUCAACGUAUCAUGAAGUUCGUUAGAGGGAGAGAUCCUCCUUUCGAGCUUUAUAACAUCACCGGCACUGAGAUUAAUCUAAUAAAGUUGUCUCCGACAUCUAUAACCCUGGAGCGACUGGACUUCUCGGCGUCGGGACCCUAUGCUUGCGAGAUUGCGUUAGAGACACCUUUGUACUCUAAAGUAUCGAAAAUACAUGAAUUGAAUGUCAUUGUUCGUCAGAAAUACCGUCCAAAGAUUAAAAUAAAGCACAAAAAGCUGUCAUCAAACGAUCACCUGGAAGCGACGUGUCAGAGUGCGCCCGCGCACCCAGCGCCCCACCUCACCUGGUUCAUUAAUAAUAACAAGGUAGACGAAAGUCUAACAAUACCGUACGGGACGAUGAAGGUCCACCGUCACCACCACGGGAUCCCGCUCUCCAUGACCAACACAUCCCUGCACUUCCCACUGACCAACCUUCAACUAUUCCUCAACCAGACGGUUGAGAUCACCUGUCUUAGCACCAUUCCUAGUUACGCGAGCAUGGCGGAGGGGUUCGCUGAUGUCCAGAACAGUACGGUUACAGUCAACGUGGUUCGCAUCGAACCGGCGCCAACUCAGCUGCCAGUCAAAAUCGUUAGUUCGCAACUGAAUAUAUCAGCUCGGUGUCAUGUAGAAAGUACACUGGUUGUUUUAGUCAUAUUUGUGUGCCAUAUUUACUCCUAAACUUGGAUGUGACGUAUGUAUAUUGUAGCAUAACAUCUGUCAAAUUUGUUCUGAUGUAAGGUUGACGGUAACGUUGCUUGGUAAUGCGUAGUGAAUGUUUCAUAAAGGCUGAUCCAUAUUGCACGGUGUGGGGUUUACGUUUGUUUCGAAUGGCUCCAAUUCGCCGCAGAUUGCGUUGCAUUAAAACGUACCGAGCAAUAACACGGGAGCCUUUAUAACACAUGCACAAUUAACUCCUGGUGUUUGAUAUUCGCAAUGUCGCCACAUUCUGUAUAAACAUUACGAACGAAUAUUACUAGGACGUAUUUUAUGAGCUUAGCCAUGUAUAGUAUCGAUGCAUACAGAAUAUAAUAGUUUGUUUAUUGAAAAAAUACAGUGGUGCUAAAACUAAUGUUUUGGAAAAAUACGACAUCCACACAAAAGCAGCAGAUUAUAGAAAAAAAUAAAACUAUUCCAAUGAUGUUAUUAUAAAACUUGGUUUGUUCAAAAAAUCAAUAGUUUGAUUUCUCUACAGACAAUAUACCAUCGCGUGCGUCUAAUUGUUCCUUGCGUUACGAUUUGACAGGUGUUAUAAUAAAAUUAUGAAGAAACAUGUCGAUAUUAAUCUAUUUUUAAUUGGUGUAAUACUUCAUAAGAAUUUUAUUACAAUAUUGCUUUGACCUAUUUUUUCAAGUUUUUCUUUAUUUUGUACUUUAGCUUAAUAGCGCUGCGGCUAUUGCAAACGUGCCAUUUGGACUAAAAUUACUUAUUUAUAUUUUACGCCAUAGAACACGCAAAUUAUUCAGAUAAAAACAGUAAUUUGAGCAACAAUUUCAUUCUAAUUUUCCAAACAAUGAAGUUCGGUAACAACUCAAUUGCCGACAUCAGUCGACUGUUCGCUUCACAGCUAUUAAAUCAGUUCAAAUAACUUUUAAUAACGCGAUUCCAUUUGCAAACAAAUAUUAAUUUAAUCAACGCUAGUUAGGUAUAAUCUUAUUAUGGUUAUUUAAAGUAAAUCCCUUCAAAACACAGGGCCAAGGCAACGUUUAUAAUUAUUCGAGUCGCCAAUAUCAAAGUUGGCGCUCUAAUGAAGAACGGCAUGGAAGUAAUUUAGAAACUUCGCUGCCAUCAGCCCGAACUAAAUUCCGACGCCUUUAAUACAAGAUUUUAGAGUGGCGGUUUUAUUAAAAUGGACACAGUAAUAUAUUUCAGAAAAUCUGAAACACCCGUGUUUUAUAUGCACACGUAUAUAAACUGUAUGGCGAUUAAUAAAAACGAGCGCUCAACAACGUUACUGGGCACUAGUUAAUGGUGUUAUUCGAAGCUAAAAAUACAGUGCGAAGUGUGCGUACACUGAACAUGGAAUAAAUGUGAAUUUUUAUAUCAAACUUUAUUGCCAUGUUAUUUUUAGCUGCACGUUUUAAUUAUGUUGCAGACUUUGAAAAAGGAAUCCACGACCAAACGUUUGUCCAUUUGAAUUUUUUACAAGAUGGCUGACAUUUUCUACGCGAUUUACGUUUAGAUAAAACCUUUAUCGAUGAGCUUUUCUGCGCUUCUUUAUAUCUUUUGUAUAUUUAACUAUUAACUUAUGUAUGCGCAAUUAUGAGACUGAAUUAGGAUGUUAGAUAUGUAAAUGACCCGAUUUGACACCCACCUAUCAAAUUGCUAGAGCCCAUCAUUGUCCAUUUUGUAAUAUAAAUUAUAAUAUAAUGGCUAAGCCAGAGACAGUAAAAGCGUGUAAGGAGUCACAAGUUUUGAAUAAUUGCGUGACUAUGAAUAUGAAUGCAUUGGCUUUUACAUAUCAGUAGUGAAAUAUACAUGAACGUGAGUGAUUUUUUUUGUCGUCUUCUAGGCUUAGAAUCUUAUGGAACUUUUUAACAUAGAACGUAAUAAAUGUAAAUAAAAUAUAAAUCCUAUUAAAAAUCGUGAAUAGAUAACUGUUAACAGUUUAUUUUCUCAUUCUCUGAUAUAUCUGUGUACUGCUUGUAGUUUUAGGUUAAAACUUAUGUUAAGCGAGAAGAAAUUGAUUAAAUUGUAAGUUGCUCUUAAAUAUUUAGCCCUCAAAAUUAUUCAUUAUUUUUUAAAUAUUUUCUUCUUUCGUUGGCUACCCACGGUAUCGAACCAAGUUUUGGAUUGAGAUAUCUCAAUUCUUAAGUAAAACAUAAUUAUGGCUAAUGUCAUCAAUUUGUGAAAAUGUAAAAUAAAUUAUAAUUUUUGCUAUUUAUAUUUUAAAAUGCGAUGACGUCAAUUGUUUUAAAUAAAUUAUAUUGGAAUAUAAAUGGAAGCGUCUAAACUCGCUGAGAACAUGAUAUGGUGGAUAAGACAUCGCGCAAUGUAUGC